CACAAUAUUGUUCAAUUAGUUUCAUGCUCUGCAGUAGCUUCAGUCGGUGCAUAAUCAGACAAAACAUGCUAGUGAAUUUAAAAUGGCAAUAAUUCAUUUUAUUUUAGUUACAUUAUUGUUCUAUUAUUCUGUGUUGGAAACAUUAGCAGUAAGAAGGCCAAAAAUCUCAUCACAAAAUGGACAUCUUCGAUUUAGAGCAUCUAAAAAUGGGAAUAUCAGUUUAGAGACUACUGGAAAAGGAACAGUUCUUUUGAAUGGGGUUGACCUAUCUAACGCUGUUAAAAUGGUUCUCAAAUCUUCUCAAAUUUUGAACAAGUAUACAACGAAUUUCGAAGACUCGUUCAAUAAAAUAGACCAUUUCGACAGUUUACUUAAUCGCAAAAAUACAGGCCUUAUACCGAGGAUAACCAAAAUGGAGGGAGAAAUUUCCAAAAUUUCAAACUCAACAAUCAAUCAAAUGUCCAAUGUAAAAUUAAGACGAUUGAUAAAACAAUUACAAUUUGCAAUGACAGACUUGGCAAGUUUAACAAGCUUAUUGAACCAAGACGAAUGCAAGAGUAACCCUUGCUCCAAUGGCGGUACGUGUCAAGAUCUCUUCAACAAUUUUAUUUGUCACUGUCCAGAAGAAUGGGAGGGUCAACAUUGUGACCUAGAUGUGAACGAAUGCGCAAGAUUCGUUGGAACAGAUCUGGGAUGUCAGAAUGGCGCUACUUGUAUCAAUAAACCUGGAACUUAUCAAUGUAUCUGCGCCAACGGCUGGUACGGUGUACAUUGCACCAGAAGAUCGAAAGACUGCAAUACUGCCAGUUCUUCCAGUCUUUGUGGACAUGGUACGUGUGUAGCUCAGAAUACCGAUCUUGGAUACACAUGCAUAUGUGAUCAGGGUUACAAAAACGGUGGAUCUUCUCAAGGAUGUGUUGAUGUAGAUGAAUGCAAGUCUAGUCGCCCUCCUUGUUCAGUUAACCCUUUGGUGAAUUGUAUCAACACUCCCGGAUCUUUUCGUUGUGGAAAUUGCCCAGAAGGUUUCACUGGAAACGGAUUUUAUUGUGUUGAUAUAAACGAAUGUCAGAGCUUGCAGAAUGGCUGUAGUAAGAAUCCGGUAGUCGAGUGCAUAAACACAAUAGGCUCCUACAAAUGUGGACCAUGCCCUCCUGGCUACCUUGGCGAUGGUCACAAAUGUACUUUCAAAGGCGUUUGUAAUGUGAAUAACGGUGGAUGUCAUCCUUUGGCCAAAUGUAGUGACUCUCCAAAUAAUGCUAUAUCAUUAGUUGAAUGCACUUGCCCAUCAGGUUAUUCAGGAAAUGGAAUAGGUCCAAAUGGUUGUAUCCCUCCAAUAACACCUUGGACUCCUUGCCUUCCAAACCCAUGCAAAAAUGGGACUUGCAUUGUUACUCCUACUGGAGCUUAUACUUGCAGAUGCAACCCUCCCUACUUUGGUAAAAAUUGUGACAUGAGUUUAUCUCCGUGCGCUAACAACCCAUGUAAAAAUGGUGGUGUCUGUCUAACUAGAGGAUACACCUUCAGAUGCUUAUGUAAACUUCCAUGGACUGGCUCCACUUGUAACACUGAAAGAAGUGCAUGUGGAGGUAUACUUAGUGAGAAAAGUGGUACGUUGAGAUAUCCACCUUCCAAUUUUUCAAUAAAACCAGAAGUUGGAAGCUGUGCCUGGAUAAUAGAGACAUCAAGGAACCAGAUUUUGAAACUUCACUUCAAAGAUUUCCAUAUGAGAUAUACGAGAGAAUGCAAUAAGGAUUGGUUACAAAUACAUGAUGGCAGAAAUACAGCAUCGCAUUCUUUGGGAAGAUACUGUGGUAAUGAUUUACCUAAAAACGGAUCAUUCACCACAACACACAAUUCUGUAUAUAUUUGGUUUAGGACUGAUGGUACAUCUUCCUCUUCAGGAUUUGAAUUGAGCUGGAAUUCAACACUCCCAACAUGUGACUUCAAUAUAAAUGCUACCAGCCAUGGAUCUAUUCAAUCACCAGGAUCACCUGGAGUUUACCCUAACAACAGAGACUGUUUUUGGUUGAUAAACACACCGGCUAGCAAACGAUUGCUGUUCCACUUCUCCAGCUUUGACGUAGGAAGUUCUGUCAAUUGCAGCGGAGAUUAUUUGGAGAUCUUCUCUUCUUCAAACAAAGAUUCUGCGCCAUUUGCAAAAUACUGCAACAGCUCUGGACUUCCUUCACCAGUAAACUCACCAGGUUCUGUAGCUCUGGUCCAUUUCCAUUCAGACGAUCGUCAGCAGCAUCCUGGCUUUCAAAUGAGUUACUCAGUUGUUGAAGGUAUACCUGGUUGUGGAGGUACAUUCACUUCGAUUCACGGAGAAAUACAAUCUCCAACGUAUCGUGGUAGAUACCUAUCAGAUCUAGACUGUGAGUACAACAUCAAGCUGGAUCCUGGUCUUCGAGUAAAGAUAGAGUUUGUUUCUUUUGAUCUUGAGGCAGAUGUAUCCUGCAAAUAUGAUUACCUCGAAGUUUUCGAAGGGCCCGAUACAAGUUCACCUCUAAUUGGUAGAUACUGUGGUUCAACAUUACCAGGACCUUACCUUGCAAACGGGAAUGAGAUAACAGUCCAUUUCAAAUCAGACUGGGCAACAGGUUUUGGAGGAUUUGUCUUAAGAUACGAGACAGUGUGUGGAGGAAAAUUCACUGAAAAAUCUGGAAUAAUCACAUCAGAUGGAUAUCCUAAACAUUAUGCACCUGGAGUGUCCUGCAUAUACGAGAUCAUACAACCACCAGGAUAUAUUAUAACACUUACAUUCUUAGACUUCCGUCUAGAACAUUCUUCAGAUACAGAUGAGCCAUGCUUCGAUUACGUUGAGGUUAGAGAUGGAGAUUAUGAAAAUUCCACAUUAGUAGGACGAUACUGUAACGAAAUUCGACCACCAAAGAUUGUUUCGAGUAUGAAUUAUCUCUGGCUUAAGUUUGUAUCAGAUGAAAGCGUUUCUUAUGAAGGAUUCAAGGCAACUUAUAAUGUUACAAAUCUAGGAUGUGGAGGAAUUUUGAAAGAAAAUACGGGAAUAAUUUCACCACAAUUUGAGGCAGGCAGUUCUGGUUCAGCACUGACUUGCAACUGGGUUAUAAGGGCACCUCCUGGAAAUUUGAUACGUGUGAUUUGGGUCACCUUCCAAUUGAAACAAAGAUACAUUUGCGACCAGGAAAAUGUCAAGGUAUUCGAUAAUAAUACCUAUUCUGGAAGGGGAGGCUUGAUAGGCAAAUAUUGUGGAAAUAAAAUUCCACCAUCUUUCAUUAGCACUUCGAAUAUUGUUACUUUGAUUCUACAAUUGGCUCGCACUCGUAUCAUCAGUAGUGGAUUCACACUUUCUUACAACUUCGUUAAGGAAUCUAAGUUAUGUGGUGGAGAUUUCCAUUCUGACGGUGGAUUUAUUAGGUCACCUGAUAAUGCUGGAUCAAUGUCCUUCAACACGGAUUGCACCUGGACCAUAACAGUUCAGCACAAUCAUCAGAUACUACUUAACGUAACGAAAUUCAAUCUGGAUCUCACUGAAGAUUGCAAAUUUGAUUAUCUGGAAAUAAGGAAUGGAAAGUCCGCUUCAUCACCACUAAUUGGUCGAUACUGCGGUGGAAAAAUAUCAAAAUUGAUAUCUUCGCAUGCCAAUCAGUUAUAUCUUCACUUCAAGACUGACAGUCAUGGUUUUGGAGGUUCUUUCGAGAUUAUUUGGGAAUCAGCAGCCACAGGUUGUGGAGGCUUACUAUCAGCACCCUCAGGAUCUAUCAUCUCACCAAUGUACCCAGAACCUUACAACAAAUUUACAGAUUGUCAUUGGAAAAUAUCAGUUAGUGCAGGUUCUAUUGUACAAAUUAUAUUCACUGAUAUUGAUCUUGAAAUCCACAGUUUCUGUUUGUUGGAUUACGUUGAGGUAUUUGACGGAUCUAGUGCUGCUUCCAAAUCUUUGGGAAGAUUUUGCAGUCUGAUACAUCCAACCUUCAUACGUACAACUCAAAAUAACGCUUAUAUUCGUUUCAAAUCAGACGUCAGCUAUCAAGGAAGAGGAUUCCAGCUUCAAUAUUCAACAGUUUGCCAAAAGAAUAUCACUGGUUUCUAUGGCUUUAUUGAGAGUCCCAACUUCCCUAAUAGGUAUCAACUGCCUGAAGAUUGUAUAUGGAACAUUCAUGUUGAGCCUAAAAAUAAGAUAAACAUCACAUUCACUUCAUUCGAUGUAAGGUCAUGGAAUGAUCAUUCGAAUAAGACAUGUGCUUCUAAUGGUUUGGAGAUAAAAUACACAACAUCUGAUUACGAAAGUGAAACUCCGUUAUACGAAACUUACGGAAAAUAUUGUGGACAUUUGGAUACACCAAAACUGCUCACAAUAGAGCAUGACAGAAUUCAACUGCAUUAUAAAACAGCAACACUAAUGAGGGGAAUAGGAUUCAGACUAGAAUGGGCUCUGGAAGGUUGUGGUGGAAAAUUAUAUAACUCAGGCACUAUUCAAUCGCCAAAUUAUCCCAAAGGGUAUCCAGAAUCUUCUGCUUGCAGGUGGGAACUUGAAACCGAUUUUGGCAAUUCUAUCGUAUUAACUUUUGACGUCAUCGAUAUGGAAAGGGCAAAUGGAUGCAGUUACGAUUCUAUUCAGGUUUACAAUGGACCGGAUAAGUCUUAUCCUCUACUCGCACAUUUUUGUCAUCAAGAUAUUCCGGUUAAAGUGACAAGCAACGGAAACAAAAUGAGUUUAUACUUUACAUCAGACUCGUCUUACCAGGGCAGAGGAUUCUUGGCUAACUUUACUUCAGUUAAAUCGAAAUGUGGAGGCAGGCUAACGUUGCCCCAAGGUAAGAUAUUCUCUCCAAAUUAUCCAAAGGACUAUGACAGAAAUACCACCUGCGAAUGGCUGAUCGAAGUUGAUGAAAAUCAUCUCAUUGAUCUGGAAUUCGAGGAUGUUGAACUGUUGAAGAAUGAUAUGUUCUGCAACAGAAAUUAUAUCAAGGUCUACGAUGGACCAAAUGAGGCUUAUCCACUUUUGAAGAAAGUAUGUGGCCAGACUAAACCAAAUGACACCAUAACAUCUACUCACAAUACCAUGUUUGUCCAAUUUAAGGGGGAAUCAUUCGUGACUGCCAAAGGAUUCAUGGCAAAGUUCUUCAAGGCUUGUGGAGCACGCAUUGUUGCAUCAGUGAGUGGAGAAAUACAAAUGCAUCCAGAAUUCGUCGAUCAUGGUAGACUAGAUAACUGUUCUUGGACUAUAGUGGCUCCUGAAGCUGAUGAGCACAUCGCCCUUUCCAUAACCCAUAUGAACGUUCGCUUUUUGGAUUGUUCUGAGGGUUCUUUACCAUUAGUCAGUAUUUAUGAUGGAGAAAACACCAAUGGAUCUCUAAUUGGUGCAUACUGUGGCGAAACUGUUCCAAACAUGAUAAUCAGUAGAGGAAAUGCUCUGCAUAUAGUUACAGAUGUCACUGUAUUCCUGAAUGCAAACUACGAAGUUUACGACUCAUCUUGCGGUGGAACAUUCAACACGCUUGGUGGUACAAUUGCUUCUCCUGGAUUCAUCAAAGAAAUAGCUAGUUAUGGGCUUGCAUCGUCCGAAACAGAUUGUGAAUGGAAUCUGGUUUCUGCUCCUGGCAAUGAGCUCAGUUUGACUUUCUCAGAAUUCAAUUUGCCACAGUCAGACAAAUGUAAAAUGGAUUUCUUAGAAAUUCGUCGUUCUAACUCAAGUGGUAAACUACUUGGAACCUACUGUGGAGACAAAAAACCUGAGAAUAUAGACAUUGAAGGUGGAUUAUGGUUAUAUUUGAAACAUUCUCCAAAUAACUAUUCCACAACUCCUGAAGGAUUUAAAGCUAGUUUCUCCAUAGUUAAACGUAAUGUUCUCAAAAAACCUUUCGGACAAAUUGCUAAUCCUCUUUACCCCAAUUAUUACACAACUUAUGACGACUAUACAUGGGGAAUAUCUGUGACAUUUGGAAAGAGAAUUUUGAUUAAAUUCAAGGAAAUAUCACUGGGUUCUCAUUAUGAGUCUGACUGCUCAGGAACUGGGAUGAAGAUAUAUGAUGGAAUAGAUUCGUCAGCUCCUUUAAUGAAGGAAAUCUGCGCUUAUGAAAUUCCAGAACCAGUGAAGACUUCAUCGAACGAGGCCUUCAUAACAGUCGCAUUCACCACCGGCAUUUCAAAAUUCUUGAUCGAAUGGGAAGAAUUCGAGAGUUAUCUUUCGCCUCUAGCGAAGAACACAACAGUGGAGGGAUGCGGUUCAGCUGAUGUUAUAGACAUGGCAGGUUUGACAAACUACAGUUUGACGUCUCCUGGAUAUCCUAAUGGAUACGCUGAUCAAUUAGAUUGUGAAUGGAUAUUUUCAACGGCUCCUGUCAAUCAUUUGGUUGUCAAUUUUCCUUGGGUUGAUUUGAGAUCAGUCUAUGGUGUAUAUUAUUCAUGCAGUUCUUUGGAUUCAAUUGAAAUAUUCUCUGGGAAUGAGAAAACUGGAGAAUGGAAGUCCAUCAAGCAAAUCUGUUCCUUCAAUGAAUCGAAUUCUGCUUAUUUAACGUCCAAUCGGAUGAAGAUUAAGUUUUCCACUGAUUACAGCGGUAAUGGUACAGGAUUUACAGCUGAGGUCAGAGAAUUUUGUGGAGGUGAAACUUUCGAUUCUGAAGGCAUGAUUUUCUUUGAUGAGAAGCACCCAAGAGGACCUAAGUGUUCGUGGAAUAUUACUGUGGCAAUAGGAAAGACCAUAAGCGUAGAAUUCCCCAAAUUCGACAUUGCUCCAGGCCAAGAAGAAGGAUGUAACAAUUAUCUUAUGCUGAAAAACGGUUUAGAAUCGGAUUCGCCUCCUCUUGGUGAUGGAAAAUAUUGUGGCAAAAUCGCUCCCAAACUUGAAACAACAAGCAAUCGUUUGAGCGUUAAAUAUAUUGGAUCACCAAACAUUAAGGGUUUCGUAUUGCACUUCAAAGCUGUCUCUUACAAAUGUGGUGGUUAUGUAGAGCUCAAUAACUUUGAAAACUCGACUUUCUUUUCCUCGCCAAAUUAUCCAAACGUUCCUCCGCCCCACAUCGAAUGUAUUUGGACUAUAAGAUCUCCUCCUGGUACUUCCAUAGAGCUGGAUUUCAAUGGAAGAUUCGAUUUGACUCGUUCUGCAGGGUGUUCAUCAGAAUAUCUUGAAGUGAGAGAUGGGGCAACUGAAUAUUCACCAAUAGUUGGUAAAUUUUGUAUUACCAAACCAAAUUCUCAGUUCUCAACCGAUAACAUGAUGUAUGUUAAGUAUGUGACGGAUGUAGAUGAUCCGAAGAAUGGUUUCAAAGCAACUGCAACUUUAGCCAAAUGUGGUGGAACAUAUAGGGGUGUGAAUGGUAAAUUAAGUUGGUCGUCUGACGACAGCAGACUCCAACUGAGUAAAAACAAUUGUACAUGGCAUAUUGUUGCACCAAAAGAUUAUAACCUCGUUAUAAAAGUAGAUGCUUUAGAUAUGCCUGCAAGUGGAUUAGGUUGUGCUGGAAGUCUUAAAGGAUUACGAUUUUACUCGAUAGAUCCAGUGAGAGGCACAGAGCAAUAUGUCAAAACUAUUUGCAGUCGAACUGAUGAUAAAGACAUAACUAUCAACUCCAAUGAGGCUGUCAUCUACUACAAACACGUCUCUGUCUCAUAUACUCUGAAAAAAUUCGUAUUAUCCUAUACCGCCAAGAAACAAAAUUGUACUUUCAACUUAAAUGCUCCUUCUGGAAGAAUAUCAACACCAGGCUACCCUAGGAAAGCAUAUCGCGCAAUACGUUGCCAGUGGACUAUUACUGUGCCUCAAGGCAGAAGGGUACGACUUACCUUCAUGAAUCUAGACCUCGACGAGAAUUUAGAAUAUCAAAAUCAGGGUAUUGUAAUCAUGGACAGUGGUAGCUUCAGGACGUACUUAGCUUUUAUUCGUUUCAAUAACGGCACUACAUUGGAUGGAAGGAGACAGUUUAAGUCAAGUUCAAACUCGAUGACUAUAUACUACUGGUCAGCAAAUGCACAUGGACGUGGAUUUUUGGCUUACUUCAACUCGAAUGAAGAGUCAGUUUGUCAAGGAUCAUUCAACGAAACUAGUGGUAGCAUCUCAGUUCCAAAUGCAACAUCCUUCUUUUGUUCGUGGAAAAGACAACAGCCUUCUUGGAAUACUACUUUGAAAGUUGCAGCUACGAUGUAUCAAAAACCUAAACGCCUUACUUCUGGAAAUUGCUUAGGUUCAAGCUCAGCUAUGAUGAUUCAUUAUCCUAAAUUUCCUAUGAACUUGCAAUUUUCGUUAUGUUCCAAUACAAGUAGUCCUGCUGUUCUGAGGACAUCUUAUCCCAAUCUCAAUCUCCAGAUUUGGGGUAGAGAAGAUUCCUUGAACUUCACUUUCGAUUACAACACCUAUCCUUGUGGAGGUUUAAGAUCAGAGGAAAUUGGACAAAUUUCCUCACCAAACUAUCCAAACAAACCCUCAUCAGCUAUUGAGUGCAGUUGGUUGUUGAAACUACCGAAGGAACACCAAAUAAAUGUUUCCUUCUCCACUAUGGACUUGGGGGAUGACUGUGAAAAGAGUUUCAUUGAAAUUUUCAAUGGUAACUCACCAAAAUCUCCACGAAUUGCAAAAUUCUGCAAAGAUAACGUUCCUAAGCUGGAUAAGCUUCCAUACUCAAUUAUUUCACAGGAGAAUACCCUUCUUAUCGAUUAUCAUUUUUCUGCCGAUGGUAAAGGAAAAGGAUUCAAUCUUACCUAUAAACCUCUAAUUAAUGGGUGUGGAGGUAUAUUCCAUGACAGGAACCGUAUCAUACAAACACCUGGAUAUCCAAAGAAUUAUCCUAAUAAUAGCGAGUGUGAGUGGGAAGUAGUUGCUCCAGAAGGUUAUCACAUUGGACUUUCCUUCAUUGGCAGAUUCCAUCUUGAAGAAAGUGACAACUGUGUCGACGAUUUUGUGAAGAUAUGGGACUGGAGAAAAGAAGACUGGAAUCUUUUGAACACGUUCUGCGGCAGAGAAACUCCUCCUAAUGUCAAUUCUACGGGAAAUAAGAUGAGAAUUAGGUUUAAAAGCAAUGAUAAAAUUCAGGCUCGAGGAUUCAUGGCAAAAUGGGAAUUCAACUGUGGAGGAACGUUUGUGGCCACAACCACUCCUCAAUAUAUUAUCAGCCCAGGUUAUCCCUACAAAUAUCCUAACAGAAUCAAGUGUGUUUAUACUAUUGAGCCUUCCACUCCUAAAGAAUACGUGAAUUUAGAGUUCCAAGACUUCGAUUUGGAAUACGGCAUGCCAAGCUGUGUAUCAGAUAACGUGACAGUAGAACCCAUGUCAUCUUAUUAUGAUCGCACAAUUAGAACGCUAUAUUGUGAUGCUGUUAAACCACCACCAAACUCUUACAAGAAUGGCGUGAAAAUCACAUUCACAACAGACUCUUUCUUAGUGAGGAGAGGGUUCAAAUUUUCGUUCGUCUCUACAGGCUGUGGUGGUAAUAUAACAUAUCCGACAAAGAUUUCAACACCUACAGUUGCUUUAGAUCCUUCCUACUUUGGUUAUGUUGAUUGUGAAUGGCAGAUCAUCGCACCACCCAAGAAGAUUAUUGCAAUCAUGUUUGUGCAACUCGUCACACCCUAUACAGCUUCAUGCUCUUACGAUAAUAUCGUGAUCUACGAUGGACUCGAGAAGAAUUCGGAGAAUAAGUUGGCUACACUUUGCGGAAAUCUCACAGCGAACUUACCGACCAUAAACAGUCCCAACAAUACCCUAACUAUUACAACAAAAAUAGAUCCAAAUUACAAAAAUAUGAAAUUUGUUAUGGACGUAUUCUUCACUGCAGGUCCUGCCGAAGGAUGUGGAGGCACCUUCAAUCUUACAUCACCGAAAACAAUCAGAUCCCCUAAUAUCAAGGAGGUUGCUGAUUGUUAUUGGAAGUUUAUGGCACCUGUAGACUACACGAUAGAAUUUGAAAUUGCUGACCUCGAUAUUCAAACUUGCACCAGAGGAAAAUGUUAUUGUGGCUUCUUAGAGAUAAGAGAUGGUGGUACCUUAUUAUCUACCCUCAUAAGUAAACUUUGCAACUCAACUUCUUCUGUGAUCAAAUAUCAAACCACCACCCGUUAUGGAUUCUUGAGAUACUUAACAGGUGGAUCAGAAAGUGAUUCUUUCAGAAUAACGGCAAAACCAAUUAUCUCACCAUGUGGACAAUCUGCCUUGAACGUAACGAAGGAAAUGCAGAAAUUCACUUCACCCAAUUACCCUGAUAGAUAUCCGGAAAAUAUAAGGUGUAGAUGGUUACUACAAACUGAAACGAGUUAUAAAAAAAUGGUGAUAAGAUUCAAACAAUUCGAUUUGUCAGAUGAAACGAUAGAUUCUGCACCAGAUGAUAGAUGCAAGUACGACUACUUGGAAAUAGAAAAUGGAAAUCAACACCAAGCCUAUGGGGAAGGGUUGGGACCUUCUACAGUUUUUGCAGGAAGAGGCAAAAGUUCGACCAACUACGUAUACUCAUUAAUGGGCGUCCACACUUUCUGUGGUAGGAAUAAUCGAAUAUUCGAUUAUUAUCCUCCUACAGACUCUGUAGCAAUUAUAUUCCAAAGUAAAUAUGGAACAAACAGAGGUAAAGGUUUUGAAAUCGAGUAUCGGCUAACAGGUUGUAACAGAAACUACACUGAAGAUUUUGGAAAGAUUGCUUUCUCGCUUACGGAGAGUCAGGACUGUAUUAUUGGAAUAUCGGUGCAGAGCAACAAAACGAUAUCUCUGUACUUCUCAGAAUUCUACUCGUCUGACUCGAAGAAUUGCUCAGAAGAGUACUUACAAAUUCUCGACGGUGAUAUGAAUACAGGAGAAGAGUUACGAAAAAUUUGUGGUUAUGAAAGAGCAAAUUCGAUUUUCAGUAAAACCAACCAGCUUUGGUUGAAAGCUCAUUCUAAAAAAAAUGUAAUCGACUUACACAUCGAUUUGACGUAUACAUCAACGGAUAAAGGCAGAGGAUGUGGUGGUACUAUCUACGAUGUUGCCGGAGUGUUCACCAGUCCUAUGUAUCCAAAAGACUACAGGAACAACAAUUUGUGCGUUUGGUAUAUCAGAGUACCAACUGGAACCAGAGUUGAGCUCGAUUUCACUGUUCUCGAUAUCCAAGCAAGCUGUGACUUGAAUUACCUCAAAGUAACAACAUACGAUAACGGAUUGAAAAACGAACAUCAAUUUUGCAAAGGGGACUCACCGGCUAAGCUGAUUUCUGAUGAAAAAGCAACUGUUACUUAUCAGUCAUCAGUCCACAAUGGUGGUGUUGGAUGGACUGCUGCAUUCACUGCAGUUCAAUACGAAGAUACUGCCGAAGUUCAUCAUUACGGUCCUGUGAUCGAUUGAACAAAUAUCUCAACCAAUUGAAUGUUAUGUAGUUUGUAUACUUAAUUAUUAAUUAUAUAUUUAAUCAAUAA